AUGUUAACCUGGGCACAUUACUGGGAUGAACAAAGGACAGACAAAAGCACUGUGUUCUGUGGAGUGCUCCUCACAGUUUACCUGGGCCACUAUAGAUGUUCUUAUACUUUUACCCUUCCCUCCCACUGUAUUCCCCUACCCCUCCCUGUUACUGUUUCUGAAAUUAAUGUCUCUUCUUUCAUGUACGUUUCCUAUUUUUCACUAGGUGAGAAAGCUGGAAAUGAGCCUGAAGAGGUGAAGCUGCAGAAUGCCAGCAAACAGAUCGUGCAGAAUGCCAUCCUGCAAGCUGUGCAGCAAGUCUCCCGGGAGAGUCGGCAGAAGGAAGACAGAACCGGGGACAACCAGAGCAGCUUCCAGCUGGGUGUGGGGGAAUUGACCAAGAAGCAUGAGAAGAAGUAACAUUGUGAAUUUGGUUCUUGUCAUGUGCUUGGUUUCUAGCCUUCCUCUUAGUGUAGGAUACAUUGCCAAAAUGUUGCCAAUAAUGCAAACCAAAGUGCCACCGGCACCUAGCAGUAGAAUGAAUCCGCACUAGUCCUUGGCUGAGAAGCACUGUGUUGAGGAAGUGCUUUAGAUGAUUCUGUUGAUGUUA